CAUGAUUUGGUCGACGAGUCGUAUGUAGAAAGCAAAGACGAGUUGGUGGAGGCCGAGCACGGACCAUCCAAUUGAGAAGGGGAGAAAAAUUUGGAUUGAUGUUGAGGUGUCUGAUGUGAGAUGCGCACACUCGUUGACACGGAGGAGAACCGCUCCGUCAUCACUCAGGCGUCCGCAAAGAAGGCACGCUUAUCUAUUUCGCCACCAGCUAAUGAUAGUUUUGUAUAUUUGGCGGACAAAGCUUUCCGCACCCUGCGCUUGGGCAAAACACAUACCACUACGGUUCAGGAUAGUACAGCAUCUACCGAGGACUGUACGUUCGAACUUAUGAAUCUACCCGAUAAUAUUGAAAUAAUUAUGGACAUGGAUAAUAUGAGAGAACUAGGACUAGAUCUUACUGGCCUAUCAUCACCAUUUCCAGAAAUUAAUUAGAAUGUUAUAGAUAGACUACUCGAACAGAUAGACAUUUGGAUGGCCCCAGACUUGUCAGAGCCAGAGGAUAUUCGACAACGGAUACGACAGUACAGACGCUAACGAGGCGAUCUUGGGUGCGGCUCGGUGCACUCUACCAGGCAGCUGUAGAAAUACCGCCUCCGGUAAGUUUAAAAUAUCAAGAUCAAAUGAGAU